CGCCCUGCCAACACCCUGAACUGCAUCGCAAGUCACACCAUGUCUCCCUCCCCUGCCGUUAUCAUUGUCGCCAGACACGGGGCUCGCCUCGACGCUGCCGACAAGACAUGGCAUCUCACCUCGCCUACGCCCUACGACCCUCCUCUCACGUACGGCGGCUGGACGCAAUCUCGCGCGCUGGGCACGAGGAUUGCCAGCCUACUGUACGCACGCGAAACGUCCGAGGAUGACGAUACAGCUCCAGCGGGCGCACACGGUAGGAGCAAUAGCUUGGAUGGAAUCAGUGGUCAGCCCCGAUCUGAGAGGAAAAAGCGUAAGCACAAGGUCAUCGUUCACAGCUCGCCAUUCUUGCGAUGCAUCCAGACGUCUGUAGCCAUCAGCGCCGGCAUUUCUUCGUUCCAGCACCCCCAACCGCCGUCCAGGUCUCGAAGUAAUUCACCCAAACGCAGAGCGUCGUUGCAUUCGACCUCGGCCAACGGCCGCGGUGCAGACAGGUCGUCAGGGCCAAAAGGCAUACCACACCCUGAGGAUUACCCUACGCGAAAUGUGCUCAGCAAGUCUCUUCAGAAAAGAGACAUCGACAAGACGGUUCUGCGUGUCGAUGCCUUCUUGGGGGAAUGGCUUUCGCCUGACUACUUUGACUUGAUUACGCCCCCUCCAAACUCGACCAUGAUGCUUGCUGGAGCGAAAGCAGAACUCCUCCGACGUGGAGAGUUUGUGGACACUCUCCCGGGAUCAUCGUUGAAUACCGGUAACUUCCCUGGUGGAUGGAGAUCCACUACUUCACCCGGAGCAAGCCUGCAUCAAAAAGGCGGGUCUCUUUCAGGUUUGGGGAGCCUGGCUCAGGCUCUCCCUCUGCGCGAUCGCGCAAGCAGUCAAGGCAGCUCGGCGAGUAGGUCCAUUCGAAGAGGCGAUACUGCGAUUUCAACAUCUACCAAAUCGGAAUCAGGAGCCUACAGACCCCCAGUUCCAACUUAUGCCAUCUCGCCAGCCGAGCCAAUUCCUCGUGGUUACGUUGCCCAUGCUCGGGAUGCUUGCGUUGAUAUUGAUUAUCAGUGGGACAGCAUGCGCGACCCGCAGCAGUGGGGUGAUGGUGGCGACUAUGGAGAGGAGUGGAGUGCUAUGCACAAACGCUUCCGGGGCGGCUUAAAUAAAAUGGUGGCCUGGUACAAAGAGCAUGGAGCCGGAGAUCACCUGGAAGAUGCGGUCACUGAAACUCAGGACGAGGAAGAUGAGGAGGACCUUGUCCUUGUGCUGGUCACACAUGGUGCAGGAUGUAACGCUCUGAUUGGUGCUUUGACUAAUCAGCCAGUUCUGCUCGACGUAGGCAUGGCAUCGCUCACAAUGGCUGUUAGGAAAGAAGAAUCGGAGCGAAGACCUUCAGACCUUGACAUCGGCGACGUGUCUCCUCUCAACGAACGCCGCAAGACUAGCGUCGAGUCUGUGCUCUCGGAUGAAUACGAUCUGACAGUUGUUGCCUCGACCGAGCAUUUGCGCGUGGGAGCCGACCCAGCUAGAUUAGGACCUAUGCCUUCGCCACAGCUCAUGACUAAAAUGAGCGAUUCCAGUCGUUAUGGAGCUCAAGCUGCCCCCGCAAGUCCCGUAGACAACGCGGGAGAACCGGCCCGUGGAGUCAGCAGUUCUCUCGGUAGCAUUCGACGCAGCUCGACCGUGCAUUCGAUGUCCAGCAGAAGUUAUAAUCCUACUCCAGGACGGUCCUCCCCUGGGAGCCCGAGCUUUAAGCCCGGAACUGCUCUAUGGAGCAGGCCCACUUCAAAAGACGAAGCAGCGUUUGACGGCCGUGGCAGCCCGGCCGGGGACUUUAUGUUGAAUUUUGGGAACACUCAGAGGCGAGCAUCAACACCGCGCACUGAGAAGGCCGAGGCCGAGGCCGAGGAUGAGAUAGCGCCUCUUCCCCCAAGCAUCGGAAGAUCUAUGAGCCAACAUGGACUUUGGGGAUCUGCGCCGUCGGGAGCGCGCAAUGAAAGGGAACGUGGACCGAAGAGACGGUGGACAGUAACCGAGCGGGAUGCUCAGCCUUGAUCUUGUGUACUUUGUUUGCGUGUGAGCGUGGGCGUUGGGCGAAAAAUUCGCCAAAGCAUACCAAUGUAGCAUUACUCGAUACCCUUGAAAUAAUUGACAAAG